ACCCCAAUUGAUCCUCUCCGCUCCUCGUAGCCUACGAGCCAGCUUCACAUCAACAUGUUGGCUCGAUCGGCGCUGCGUACGGCGCGCUCCGCCGGCGCUGCAGCUCGCAAUGCUACCAGCAAGACCGCUUCGCGUUCCGCCUCAUCCUCCAGCUCAACAGCCGAGGGAGCGGCGCCCUGGACGGCAAACGCUCUCCCAGUCGGUGCCUCCGCCUUCGCCAUCGGAACCGUCGCCUGGUACUACCAUCUAUACGGACGAAAUGUCGAUGCCAUGACACCUGCGGAAGAAGGUCUACACCCGACCCAGUAUCCAUGGGAGCACGCAAAAUGGCAUAAGACAUUCGAUCACCAGGCUCUUCGCCGUGGUUUCCAGGUCUACCAGGAAGUUUGCGCCUCUUGCCAUUCGUUAGAACGUAUCCCAUACCGAGCACUUGUUGGCAACAUCAUGACCGUCGACGAGGCCAAGGCACUUGCCGAGGAGAACGAGUACGAUACCGAGCCCAACGACCAGGGUGAGAUCGAGAAGCGCCCCGGAAAGCUCUCUGAUUAUUUGCCUUCUCCCUACAAGAACGAUGAGGCCGCCCGUGCCGCCAACAAUGGUGCUCUGCCUCCGGAUCUAUCCCUCAUGGUCAAGGCCAGACACGGUGGCUGCAACUACAUCUUCAGCUUGUUGACCGGCUACCCUGAGGAACCUCCUGCAGGUGCUGUCGUCCAGGAAGGUCUCAACUUCAACCCCUACUUCCCCGGUACCGGAAUUGCCAUGGCUCGCGUCCUCUACGACGAUUUGGUUGAGUACGAUGACGGAACCACUGCUUCUACUUCCCAGAUGGCCAAGGAUGUUGUCGAGUUCUUGAACUGGGCUGCUGAGCCUGAGAUGGAUGACCGCAAGAAGAUGGGCUGGAAGGUUCUCUCCGUCAGCGCUGUUUUGUUCGCUCUCAGCAUUUGGGUCAAGAGGUACAAGUGGGCCCCAAUCAAGUCAAGGAAGAUCGCCUACAACCCCCCGAUCAGGAGCCCCAUCCUCGACAAGCUCCCCAAGCCCAACCAGAAGUCAUAGAUAACCCAUCAGGAUUAGGGGUGGAACGGAGAGAAGAUUGAUGGCGAAAUGUACUAGUGACUAGAAGGAGAGGGAAGUAGUGGGUUUAGCGAAGUGUGUGUCUUAUACUUGUACAGUGUCAGCUACCUACUCUCAAAAGAACGAGACAUAAAGAUUUCUUUUUUUGGUUUUAUUCGUAAUCCGUGUCCCUCAAUUGAGUGAGUGAACGAGUGAGUGUGCGUGUGAGAAUAACAAUUCCGAUAUUAGAAAUCUUUAGAGAGUUUCUUUUAGCGUGUACAUACAUGUUUUGUCUCCUCAAUCUUGAGAUAGCACACAUCACGUCUCAUCGAAGUAUAUUUCGUGUUCAUUAUCACAAGGUUAGAAAUUCCUCUCAAUCAAUUCUCAACGUAU